CUCUGUAGGGGUUUGGCCUCAUCAUGAGAAGGCAUGAGUCCUUCCUUCUGCACAAAAGGAAUCCUCUCGGAGAGAGUUUUGAAUUUUGGAAACUGACUUUUGCAAAUGGUGAUGAGCCUCCGGGUUUCCGAAUUGCAAGUACUCUUGGGAUACGCAGGAAGGAACAAGCACGGCCGCAAACACGAACUCCUUACGAAAGCCCUGCAUUUGCUCAAGAAUGGCUGCAGUCCUGCUGUCCAAAUGAAAAUAAAAGAACUGUACAGGCGGCGAUUCCCACAGAAAAUAAUGACUCCUGCAGAUUUGUCCCUCCCAAGCGUCCACUCGAGCUCCCUAACAGCCACCUUGUCGCCGUCUACCAUUCCUCAGCUCACAUACGACGGCCACCCGGCCACAUCGCCCUUGCUCCCUGUUUCUCUCCUGGGACCUAAACACGAACUGGAAUUGCCUCACCUUACCUCAGCACUCCAUCCUGUCCAUCCAGACAUAAAGCUCCAGAAGUUACCCUUUUAUGAUUUGUUGGAUGAACUGAUAAAACCGACCAGUCUAGCAUCAGAUAACAGCCAGCGGUUUCGAGAAACGUGCUUUGCAUUUGCCCUGACGCCACAGCAAGUGCAGCAGAUAAGUAGCUCCAUGGACAUUUCUGGAACCAAAUGUGACUUCACUGUGCAGGUCCAGCUAAGGUUUUGCUUAUCGGAAACCAGCUGCCCACAGGAAGAUCACUUUCCACCAAAUCUUUGUGUGAAAAUUAAUGGAAAACCAUGCAGCCUUCCUGGCUAUCUUCCACCGACUAAAAAUGGAGUUGAACCAAAGCGACCGAGCCGACCAAUUAACAUCACAUCACUUGUGCGACUGUCCACAACAGUACCAAAUACAAUCGUCGUCUCAUGGACUGCGGAAAUAGGAAGGACUUACUCAAUGGCAGUCUACCUCGUCAAACAGCUGUCUUCUGCUGUGCUGUUGCAGAGGUUACGAGCAAAAGGCAUAAGGAACCCCGACCAUUCUAGAGCACUGAUCAAAGAGAAACUAACAGCAGAUCCUGACAGCGAAAUAGCCACAACCAGUUUACGAGUUUCUCUUCUGUGUCCACUUGGUAAGAUGCGGCUGGCGAUACCCUGCAGGUCACUGACCUGUUCUCACCUGCAGUGCUUUGAUGCCACUUUGUAUAUUCAGAUGAAUGAGAAGAAACCCACUUGGGUUUGCCCCGUCUGUGACAAGAAAGCCCCCUACGAACACCUCAUCAUUGAUGGGCUCUUUAUGGAAAUCUUGAAGUAUUGCACGGAUUGCGAUGAAAUUCAGUUUAAGGAAGAUGGGUCAUGGGCUCCUAUGAGAUCAAAAAAGGAGGCACAAGAGGUUACUGCAUCUUUCAAUGGAGCAGAAGGCUGUUUAAGUUCUUCUGUGGAUCAUCAGGUAUCGUCUCAUCAGUCACACAAAAAUAAGAAGGUUGAGGUGAUUGACUUAACCAUUGACAGCUCAUCGGAUGAAGAGGAGGAAGAACCAUCUGUCAAGAGGAGCUGCCCAUCCCUGUCACCUGCAUCGCCCACCAACAAUAAGAGCAUUGUAAGUCUGCCUCACCAAGUCUCCCCUGUUUCAAGAACCCCAAGCCUUCCUGCGGUUGACACGAACUACAUCAACACGUCGCUUAUGCAAGACUACAGGCACCCAUUUCACAUGACGCCCAUGCCUUAUGACCUCCAAGGAUUGGACUUCUUUUCUUUCUUACCAGGAGACAAUCAGCAUUACAGCACUUCCCUGCUGGCGGCAGCGGCUGCGGCGGUGUCCGCUUCGGACGAUCAGGACCUCUUGCACUCCCGGUUUUUCCCGUACGCUUCUUCCCAGAUGUUCCUGGACCAGUUGAACGCUGGCGGCAGCACGCCUCUCCCGACCACCAAUGGCAGCAACAGCGGCAGCAACAGCAGCCUGGUCUCCUCCAACAGCCUUCGGGAGAACCACAGCCACCCAGUGGCCAGCCGGAGCGGCACGGACCCGGCGUCGCUCUUUGGCGUGAUCCCGGACAUUAUUUCCUUGGACUGAGUUCCGCUCCAAUGUGGCUGGACUUGCGCCGGAGGAGAGAUCUGGGCCUUUGGGUGUGUGUGGUUUUUUGUUUUCCUUUUAUCUUAUUUCGAUUUAGAUGCGCAGACAAGCUUUUUUUUUCCUUUUUGUAGGGGAAAAAUAUUAAGACAUGUACAGAGAACAAAACUAUAUUUUCAGUUGUACUUUUGUAUAUAAACAGAAGAUGGUUUGACUGGUAAAACAAAAAAAAAUAUGACCGAAACCUCCCGAGUUUGUUGGAUACAGAAGAUUUUACGGCUCCUUUUUUUGGUCCUGGAGUGUUUGUUUGUUUUUAAAAAAUGCUUUUGACUCUUAACUGCAUAACUUUUUGUUUCUUCACAGUGAUACUAAUGGAAAACAAAAUGAGUGUUUGACAUUUUGAAAGUGAUGGAGGGGAAGUCUAAUUCUGGAGGGGAACUGCGUCUCCCUUUUGGGCACAGUCUAUGGGCACGGUUUCCCCACAUGGAAAGAAAUGAGUCUUGUGUCAAUGCACUAGGCGUUCCCACUUUUAUUUUAGGUGAAAUUAUAUUUUCCAGUUUGCAUCAACUCCACAGCAUUCUCUGUGUGCCGACUGGAGGUGGCAUCUUGGAACGCAUUCCCAGCCAUUCUUUCUGGGACUGAUUCUCAGAUCAGCCCCAGAAACGUCCAUUUCUUCAGACCCAGUCCUACUGUUUUCCUAGCAAGUGUCCAUUCCCCUCGUAAACAAACCCCACCAAUUUCUCUGCGUUUCGGAGCCUUGCCAUUUGGGAUGCCUCUCCUCUUUUUCCAGGAGACAAAGAGACCUUUGUCCAGCUGCCAGUGAAGACUCCCUUUAUUGCGAUGGCAUCACAUUUAAAACUUAAGAACAUCUUUAACUAACUAAAGGCUUUCCUCCCUUAGAUUUUUCUGUGGUUGGUCACACUCUUCCUGUGCGCUGUGUUAAUCUGAACAAGCCGAUCAAAACCGAAAGGGGGAAAAAUGUGAUUUGAAAUCAGUAUGUUUUGCAACAGGCAAUGACAGAAGCGCAUUGUGUUAUGUUCUGCAAGUGUAUUUGAGCCCUUAGGGCAUCUCCUGUGUAUCUUCGCUUGGAAGUAAAUUCUACUGGAUUGACUUUUGAGCAAACACCAGCGGCCCAACGCUACACAAUUCUCUUACUAAAUUACAAUUCCAAAAAUACUUCCCGUUCCUACUUCAAUUGCAAGUGAAUGUAGGCAUCCUCCCUGCUACUCUUGAGGGCAUUAAUGGUUAUUUAAUGACUUUGCCACGGUCUUCUCUCCUGACCAGAGGCUGCCCAGAGUUUCUGAAGCAGCCCUUAAUCAUUGUUUAGCAAUUGAAACAUGCUUGAAACUAGCUAGAAUGGUGUCUUUUCAAAAACAUGGCUGGUUAUUUGGACAGUUCCCGUCUUACUAAACCACAAAGCAUGAAAACAGAAGGAAAGGAGGGUCUUUUGAACAUAAGUAGGGGAAGGAAGGGGAGGUUGGGUAGAAAUUUUCAUGUAUUCCAAAAGGAUCAGUGCGUUGUGUAUUUGCUCUCUGGAAUGAUAAGAGUUUUCUAUCUAGCUGUUAACUUCUACAUUUACAAAAGAACCGAGAACAGAUUAGAAGGAAGGAAGGAAGGAAGGAAGGAAGGAAGGAAGGAAGGAAGGAGGAGAGUUGAAACCAGGCAAGCAUUUUGCUUCAUUUGAUCACAAACUGGUAGCAAAUGGUUUCAACUGUGUCUCCAGAUGUUUAGUGUGCCCUGCCUUUGUUUUGAAAGGUGUCUUUCAUCCAAACCUUACAUCAGUAAAAGGCAAAAAGCUCCCCAAUUGUGAAGCCACAUAAAUGUUCCAGUGAGUUUUCUGACAACGUGUCCCCCUUCGCCAUUUAAAAGCUGACUUGAAUUUUUGAAAUUGUUUGUUCAUAUGUAUAUGUAUGUGUAUAUAUGUAUUUAUAGGUGUGUGUGUGUGUGUCUUUCUGUCUGUCAGUCAGUCUGUCCCAUGCAUGUCUAUUCCAUUAAUGUCUGGCUGAUAACGUUUCAUUCACCCGGUUUAUAAUUUAUUAAAUGUCAGUACAAUCUCAAUAAACUAACAGAAAACAGGAAUGCUUUUCAGUUCAGUCCACCUUGGAAAGCGUCUUUUUAAGCAGAAUGAAACUGGCUCAAAAAGUAUAACUAAGUUGGAAAUACGUUUGAUUGUUUUGGUUCCAAGAGGACGGUUCUAAACACUGAAAAGCAAAUGGAAGACUAGAUUGUCCAAAGCCAGGAAUCCAAACAGUCCCUCUUCUAGUGAAUAGCCUUGUGGCCUUGUAUUAUUUGCUGUUUCUGCCCAGUUUAAGGGCAUUGCUUUCGUUAGGUUUGUUACUCGCAGUCUAGUCUAGGCACCUUCCUGAUGUGCUGAACGCUGUAUUUCCUGUAUCUGCAGAAUAGGACACACUCCAUAAAUAGAGACAGCUCCAGUGUGUCUUAAGUCCCAUUUAAUAUCCUGGAAUUGUAGCAUGGACCCUGCUUUGGGCUAUUGCUGUUGUGCGCACUUUCAGCCCAACAACUGCACCUUUCGUCCUUCAUACAGUUGUGCGAUCUGCAUGUUUACCAGGCAAUUCGGAAUUAUUUCCAACCAACUUUCCAACAAGUGACUAGGGAUGUCUAUACAACGCUGUAUAAAAAGAAGGAAAGGGAAGUGGAUGUGGAGGAAAUGUGGCAGCCCCUUUGAGAAGAACUGGUUUUCAUUUUUCCAUGAGAUUUCUUGGAUAUAAUGCCAUACCAAGUGAUAGUGAGGCCUCAGCUACUGACACAUCUCCCCCCCCCCUUUAUUCCCUUUUCCUUGCUCCAAGGUAUUAACACGGUUUACUUCUUUGAAAGCCACCAUGCAAUGCUGUUGGCAAAUGAUGCUGUCUUUUAUUUUUCCUUAAGUCCAGAAAUGAAAUAGCUGUUUUGGGAUAAAAGGAGAUAAGAGGCCCCACCAGACUGGGAAUAACUGUCCAUUGGACUAAGGCAUUUCAGGUAGGAAGGGCGAGAGGGAUUGCGUCCAUCCUCAUUCUUAGUCUCUGGGUGCUUCUUCUUUCUCAUCCUCUCUCUUUCUCUGAUGAAGGACUUUCAAAGAAUGGUGGAAUUAAAGGCACCUCUUUUCAGUUCUUGGGCUUUUUAACGGAGGGGGAGUUUGUUCCCACAAAGUAAAUAUCACUUAUCAACAUCUUGGGGAGACCUAACAUUCACAUUAACGGUGGUGAUAGUUUAGACAUUGACAUAAUGCCAAGCAGGAUUGGCCGUGCCAAAAAUGAAGAGGUUGGUGUGAAGGUUCUGAAAUCUUACGGCAGUUUAAGCCUUGUUCGUGUGCCACCUCCAUCAUAGAGGAGAAAUAGGCAUCUUCUCAGUUUGGGGCGAUUCCUAGGCAUCCCUUGACUUGUGGUUUUUGGGAAACUGUGCGUUUAACCCCAGGAUCUUCUCUCCUGAAGGUAUUUCUUGGUCAGGAAGUGUGCAUAGGUCCAGUUGCGCAUGGUUGUUUGUUGCAUCUGGUUGUAGACCUUCACCUUACUUGGCCAAAGGCUCCAUUUUGGCUAUUUUGGCCACUGUUUUGUCAGGCGCAACCUGGUUCUUGAGCCUUGCAGAGCAUUAAGCACAGUGCUUGGACCCUAUUCCGGUAAAUUUAUUUAUAUUAAGCUAUUUACAUUACCUAUUCCAUAACCUUUCCCCCCCUGUCUUUAUUCUCCCCCAAAGAGCAGUGUUUUGGAGUACUGUUUGUAUGUUUGUCUUCUUUGUUCUGUGUGUGUGUGUGUUUGCACGCACUUGUGUGCGCAGAUGCAAGAUACAACUUCCGUGGGCAUUAUUGCUUGCAUACUUUUUUUUUUUGUAAAGACUAAACUCAAAACCAAAAUUAAACCUUGCUAAAACUUAAAACUGGUUGCUGGUUUUGAACCCUUUCAGUAUUUUCAUAAGAGCAUUCCUAGAUUUCUCCUUCUUCUUCUUUACUGUGGCAAAAGACACCAUUAACACUUUGGAAGAUGCCAUUGCUGUUCUAGCUUCUUCCAUUGAACUAGACAGCAGUUUUCUCUUUGUGCAGUUAACCUUUUACAAUGAGCAUUUCGAUGUUUUCUUUCUUCCUUUCCCCCCCGCAAUACAUUAUUUUUGGAAGAAUUGUUCUGUUGUUUUCCUUCCAACGAAAGCUUAGGUUUCUAAUGAGGGAGAGAGAACUGCCAGGGAUCCCAGCAUGUGCUGCUGUUAAUUGUUCUAAUUAACAAAAGGGAAAAAGAAUAAUAAUAAUAAUAAUAUGUAAAUAUUUUAAAAGGACAAAACUAAAGAAGUUAUUCCAUAAACUCAGAUCUGUGAUUCAUUGCCUUAAAAACCUUCUCUUAGUUUUCCAUACAGCAUGCCAAACGAGUUUUGAAAAGUGGCUUUUAAAAACGAAAAAAGAAAUGUAUAGUAGACCAAUGUCAGUUUGUAUAAAAGUACCAAGUGAAAAUAUUUAUUACAUGCAUUGGAAAGAAAGAAAAAACAAAACUGGUUUACCCUCUUGAAUGUUACCUGUUUAUGUAAAACAUCUUUAGAUGUAAUAAUAAUAAAAAGCAUUAUUACAUUGUC